UUUACCACUUCCCGCCGACAGGGGCACUAACUAGAGGACGAGCGCAGGAUUGUCUUCCGGGUGAAACGUUCAAUUACCCGCUUCGACUUGUGAGUUUCCUUCCGCUUUGACCGCCAUCGGCAUCAGUAGUCAUGGUCGUCCGCUACCCCAUGGCCGUUGGCCUUAACAAAGGCCACCCUGUCACCAAGAACGUCAGCGCUCCCAAACACAGCCGCCGGCGCGGGCGUCUCACCAAACACAGCAAGUUUGUUCGGGACAUGAUUCGUGAGGUUUGUGGGUUUGCUCCCUAUGAGAGGCGGGCCAUGGAGCUGCUGAAGGUGUCAAAGGACAAAAGAGCCCUCAAGUUUAUCAAGAAGAGGGUGAGUUGGCAGUUAUCUUGGACCCACGAACACUCUACAAUUGUGGAUCACAACUACCCCAGUGAAAACCUAUUGCUUACAUAUUGGAACUCACAUUCGGGCCAAGAGAAAGAGAGAGGAGCUAAGCAACGUGCUGGCUGCCAUGAGAAAAGCUGCUGCCAAAAAGGACUAAUUUCACAAUAAAUGUGUGAAACUCUAA